AUGAUAGGUGACAUGGGAGAAGUUCGAAAGACUCAAAGGGCUCCAAAGUCUUGUUACCAAUGCUACAAAAGGAAAAUUAAAUGCGAUAAACGGAUACCAUGUGAUAGGUGUGUUUCUCGAGGCACGGCGAAUACAUGUCGAAGGGAGGAGGUGCUGGUCCAUGGUGUAUUGUUGAACUCUUCCGGUGCUAGUUCUCCUCUUGUAAGACUUGAACUCGAGAACAAACUCCUCCAGCAGAAAGUAUUAGAUUAUGAGACAAAAUUAAAGCUCGAACGACCCUUGAAUCAAGAGAGGAUUAAUCCAAUGACCGGAGUGAUAAAAAAGACAAUCGAUCUUUACAGCACCGGGAUACACAUCAUGACAAGAGAUCUUGUUCGUGAUGCAACUUGCAUAUCUCCAGGAUCAUUCGAAGACUAUGAUAUUUUGCCUCAGUAUAUCACAAAAGAGGUCUCAUUCAAGCUUGUGGAGUUUAAUAUGAAAUAUCUCCUGUUCAUUCAUACUGCGGUGUAUCCUCCAGUAUUUUAUAGAGAACAUGAUGAAUUCUGGAGGUCUCCGGAACCGCAGCACAUAUGUUUUCCUGCUAACCGAACACUUGACGUUUACUUGUGGAUGUCAAUAUGGUAUGCUGUGCUCAGUAAUUCGUUAUUCAUGAUGAGCAAUGAAUUGGAAGAUGAUUUGAAACUCUCCAGCAAGGAUGCUUUCAAUUUGGCCCAAAUUACAGCCUCAGCUUCUUUAGAAUGCUUACAUAAAGGUAAGUUUUUAACUUAUCCUAACCCGAAGUCAAUUCAAGCUUAUUGCCUACUUGCAGGAUGCUUUCAUGGUUUUGCUGGUGUUCAUCUACAAAAUGCAAUGCUCAGUUCUAUAGUGUACAUAGCAGAAGCCUUGAACUUACAUUGUCUUGAUGAUAGUGCCAAGCUAUCGACAUUGGACUUUGAAUUUGGGUGUCGUUUAUGGUGGAUCUUGGUGAUUAUUGAUUGGCUCGAAUCCUUUAGACGAAGACGGCUUAUUGCAGCUGAUGGUUUCACCACUAGGCUACCCCGAAAUUUGUCUGAGGACGAAAUGAAUGAUCCUUCCCCCAUAGAAUCGGAGAAUUUUGAAACAAUUACUUACAAUAGAAUAAUGGCAGAAAUCGCAAAAAUUAAAAAUAGGCUCUAUUUUGACAACAAAGUUGAAGUUUGUGAUUCGACUUUAUUGAACCUUCAAUGCGCAGAAAGAGAGAUAGAGCUGCUAGCUACUAACUCAUUGAAAUAUUUCGACAAAUUGCCCCUAAAAAAACCUUUACGCUUUCAACGAUUUCUACUUGUAAGUAAAUUUAAUUUUGAACUUCUCGUGUUGAACAGAAUGCUGCUCAACUUUAAAAGUAAGGAGUCAUGGGUGAAAGAGAAUAGAGAUCUUUGCCUUAAGUAUGCAUAUACCAUUUUAAGGGAUUUUUCAGAUAAGCAGAUACCUUUCUAUUUUAAGAAAUAUUGGUUUGCUAGUGAGAAUGCUGUAUCUGCAUCUGCAUUUUUGUUGCUUGACAUUUUAACAAAUUCCAAACUAGUGAAAUUUGAUCAACGCUUGGAAUUAGUUCAAGAACAAUUCCCGAUCUUAAGGGAAUUGGAGGAAACACACAAGACUGCUAAGGUAGGUUUACAAAUUCUCAAACCACUAACCGAUAUCAUCUCCGGCGAAAACAAGAAAUCUAUAUUGGAGAGUAAUAAUAUGGAUAAGGUCUUAAAAGAUAUUAGGAAUCUACCAAAAAUAUACGAGAACUCGGAUACGGCUCUUCAAUCUUCUGAUGAUAAGUGCUCUUUUCAUGAUUUUCUACAGGAGAAUGAGUGGCAAGACUUUUUAAGCUGGUUGUCUGCUAGUAACUGA